GUAUAGUAAGAUUGAUAUAUGUCUCCUCUCUGAAGUCGUGCGUUCUUCAUGUCUGUUCUCUAUCACAAGUUCCAAGGAAGAUAAUGGAAGAUCCACUUUUAUUGGGAGAUGAUCAGUUAAUCACUAGAAACCUAAAGUCAACGCCGACAUGGAGGAUGGAUUUUACGGCGGAGCUGAAGAACGUCAGCCGCAUGGCAGCGUCUAUGGCCACAGUGACCGUGGCUCAAUAUCUAUUGCCCGUUAUCUCGGUCAUGGUCGCCGGCCACCGCGGUGAACUCCAGCUGUCUGGUGUCGCUCUUGCCACUGCUUUCGCUAACGUCUCAGGCUUCGGCAUCAUGUAUGGUUUAGUGGGUGCACUUGAAACUCUAUGUGGCCAAGCUUAUGGAGCAAAACAAUACGAUAAAAUAGGAACUUACACUUACUCUGCAAUAGUCUCAAACGUACCCAUUUGUCUUCUCAUAUCUAUCCUCUGGUUUUACAUGGACAAACUCUUGAUUUCAAUCGGACAAGACCCUGACAUCUCCAAGGUAGCUGGUUCCUAUGCGGUUUGUCUUAUACCGGCAUUGUUAGCUCAAGCGGUGCAACAACCUUUGACUCGGUUUCUCCAGACUCAGGGUUUGGUUCUUCCUCUUCUCUACUGUGCCAUAACUACCCUUUUGUUCCAUAUACCCGUUUGUUUGACUCUGGUUUACGCGUUUGGUCUUGGAAGCAAUGGAGCCGCCUUGGCUAUUGGUUUCUCUUACUGGUUUAAUGUCUUAAUUCUUGCUUUAUAUGUGAGAUUUUCAAGAUCUUGCGAGAAGACUCGCGGCUUUGUAUCCGAUGAUUUCGUGUUGAGCGUCAAGCAGUUUUUUCAGUAUGGGAUACCAUCAGCAGCAAUGACUACCAUCGAAUGGUCGUUGUUUGAGCUCCUUAUAUUGUCCUCAGGACUCCUCCCAAACCCGAAACUCGAGACCUCUGUUCUUUCCAUUUGUCUUACAACAUCAUCUCUCCACUGUGUCAUUCCAAUGGGUAUCGGGGCUGCUGGAAGGUAUGAUUCCGAUAAAACCGACCAAUGUUUGUUUGGGAAUUUUCAGAUUAGUCACUCUGUUUACUUUGGCAGCACACGGAUUUCAAACGAAUUGGGAGCGGGGAAUCCCGAGGUUGCUAGGCUGGCAGUGUUCGCCGGUAUUUUCCUGUGGUUCCUAGAGGCUACCAUUUGUAGCACACUUCUCUUCACGUGCAAAAAUAUCUUCGGGUAUGCCUUCAGCAAUAGCAAAGAAGUUGUGGACUAUGUCACGGAGCUAUCUUCUCUGCUUUGUCUCUCAUUUAUGGUUGAUGGAUUUUCUUCAGUGCUUGAUGGGGUUGCUAGGGGAAGUGGGUGGCAAAAUAUUGGCGCUUGGGCAAAUGUGGUGGCUUACUAUCUCCUAGGAGCUCCGGUUGGACUUUUCUUAGGAUUUUGGUGUCACAUGAACGGUAAAGGGCUAUGGAUUGGUGUGGUCGUUGGGUCUAUGGCUCAAGGCAUCAUACUAGCUAUAGUUACUGCUUGCAUGAGUUGGGAGGAGCAGGCUGCCAAGGCAAGAAUACGGAUAGUUGGAAGAACAUAGGAGUGAAAAUCACACAUUUUUAAACUUAACUGGUACUAAGAAUACAAAUAAAUAAGUGCGCGUUUAAGGUUUUGACACACGUAUUAAGAAUACAAAUAAAUUUUAUGUCUUGAUAUUUUUUAAUAUAUUUGUAAAAAAUAUUUAUUGAUCAAUACAUUAAAUCAGUGGAGAUAAAACUGUAAUUUUAUCAAAAUUUUGCAUUGAAAAUA